ACACACCCCUCUCACUUGACCACGCCGUGCUACGUGUGGGUCUUCUGGUUGCACUUUUGACACACAGGAGCUCACGGUGGCUGGGAGAGUGUUUGGUUGGAGUAAUAAAGAAGGGCGCAUAUUGUCGAGGAAUAGCAGAUCUCGGAUAGCGGAUCGGAUUGCCAAAGUUUACGGCGCGUCAGACUUUCCCGGCGACAGAAAAAUUGGGAUCUGAACUCUCUCUAAAAACUGGAAUUUCAGUAGCAGUUAUAAUAAUAUAGUGCAUUUAAGCCGAACGCACAACUUAGAGGAAAGCGCAAAGUAAACAGAGUGUUAUAUUCAGGAGUAUUUCUGUACUUUUUCUUUUGUUUCAUCAUGGACCACAAGAUGUAUCUUCUGUCUCUGGGGGUCAUCUUCGGCUUACUGAGGACGUCUUCCUGUAGGAUCUGUUCUGUAGGCUACAUGAGAGAACGAUCAAGAAACUGUAUAGAUGUCAACGAGUGUGAAGACCCCGUGACACACUGCGGCAAAAAUGCAAUAUGUUUCAAUACUGUGGGCAGCUACUAUUGCCAGUGCAAGAUUGGCUUUAUACCAUCCAAUACCAAAAACUUCACUUCCACCACAGGGCAGUGCCUAGAUAUUGACGAGUGCAAGGAAGAGCCGGAUAUCUGUGGUCAAAAUGCUGACUGUUUGAAUGAAAUAGGAUCCUAUUACUGCGAGUGCAAACCAGGAUUCAGCUCCGGCAUCCAUGCCAAAGAGUUGCCAAAGGCCAAUGAAUCCAAUUGUGACGACAUGAACGAGUGCACGGAUCCCUUGAGGCACUGUGGCAAAAAUGCAACAUGCUUCAAUACUUUCGGCAGCUACUACUGCCAGUGCGAGCCUGGCUUUACAUCGACACCCAAAACCAACUUCACUAUCUUCACAGGACAAUGCAAUGAUGUCAACGAGUGUGAAGACCCCGUGACACACUGCGGCAAAAAUGCAAUAUGUUUCAAUACUGUGGGCAGCUACUACUGCCAGUGCAAGAUUGGCUUUAUACCAUCCAAUACCAAAAACUUCACUGCCAACACAGGGCAGUGCCUAGAUAUUGACGAGUGCAAGGAAGAGCCGGAUAUCUGUGGUCAAAAUGCUGACUGUUUGAAUGAAAUAGGAUCCUAUUACUGCGAGUGCAAACCAGGAUUCAGCUCCGGCAUCCAUGCCAAAGAGUUGCCAAAGGCCAAUGAAUCCAAUUGUGACGACAUGAACGAGUGCACGGAUCCCUUGAGGCACUGUGGCAAAAAUGCAACAUGCUUCAAUACUUUCGGCAGCUACUACUGCCAAUGCGAGCCUGGCUUUACAUCGACACCCAAAACCAACUUCACUAUCUUCACAGGACAAUGCAAUGAUGUCAACGAGUGUGAAGACCCCGUGACACACUGCGGCAAAAAUGCAAUAUGUUUCAAUACUGUGGGCAGCUACUACUGCCAGUGCAAGAUUGGCUUUAUACCAUCCAAUACCAAAAACUUCACUGCCACCACAGGGCAGUGCCUAGAUAUUGACGAGUGCAAGGAAGAGCCGGAUAUCUGUGGUCAAAAUGCUGACUGUUUGAAUGAAAUAGGAUCCUAUUACUGCGAGUGCAAACCAGGAUUCAGCUCCGGCAUCCAUGCCAAAGAGUUGCCAAAGGCCAAUGAAUCCAAUUGUGACGACCUGAACUGUGACCAGUUCCAGCUCGACAAUGUCACCGAACAGACCCUACCAGAGCUUGCAGAAGAGUUGACAUUCUUCAGAUCCAAAUGCUUGGCAUUGAAUAAGGCAACUAGAGGAGGAGGAAGUGGCGAUAUGCUGUUAGAGAGGUUGCUGUCCAUAAUAGAUGAGCUACUUUCAUCUGGGCCACUGGGUGACAACAAGAAGGUGAGCAAACUGCUGGCCCUGACCGAGAACGCCAUCGGCAUGGUUACCCCGCUGCUGAAGGAGCCUCGGACCCAGAUGACAUCCAACGAAUUAGAGGUGGAGAUUCUGGUGAACAGAAGCACAAUGCCGCCCCAAGGUCCAGUCAGCUUGUCAUCCCAGUACACCAGACUGGACACUCACUGGGAGACGGCCGCAGGAGCGAUCGAAAAAUACCCAGGGUUCGCCUUCACCACCCUGCUGAGCUACAACAGCCUGGAGAAAUCCACCAAUGGCUUCUUCCAUGAGAUGGGCAGCAAGAGCCAGGUCAGAGGGUACCAGAUCAUCUCCAAGGUGGUGACGGCCAGCGUUAGCAACAGGAACACUCGAGAACUACGGGAACCAGUCACGUUUGACUUCAGCCACACGCAGUUCGCAGAGAAGGCAGAGCCUGUGUGUGUGUUCUGGAACGCCAGCCUUGGUGGCGGAGGCUGGUCUCCGGCAGGCUGCUUGAUGGUGAAGUCAGACCCCAACCACACCAUCUGCAGCUGCAACCACCUUGGUAGCUUCGCUAUUUUGAUAGCACUCUGUGAUAAGGACCCAUUCGAGCUGCAGCUGAUCACGUGGGUGGGCCUGUCCCUGUCGCUUUUCUGCCUGCUGCUCUGCAUCGCCACCUUCUACUUCUGCAAAUCCAUCCAAGGGACCCGCAACACCAUCCAUCUUCACCUCUGCAUCAGCCUCUUCGUCGCCACCCUCGUCUUCCUCGUGGCAAUUUCCAGAACGGAGAACAAGGGUGCCUGUGCCUUCAUAGCGGGCCUUCUCCACUUCUUCUUCCUGUCCGCCUUCUGCUGGAUGUGCCUGGAAGGCGUGCAGCUUUACCACAUGGUGGUCCGGGUCUUCAACACCACAUUGCGGAAGCGCUACUUGCUGGCCGUUGGCUAUGGCAUCCCCGCCGUCAUCGUGGCGAUAUCCGCCUCCGCCAACACAAAGGGCUAUGGAACAGACUGCCACUGCUGGCUGAGCCUAAAGGACAAUUUCAUCUGGAGCUUCUUCGGCCCUGUCUGUGCCAUCAUCAUUCUGAAUGUCUUUUUCUUCAUCGUUACGGUGUGGAAGUUAGCGGAGAAGUUUUCUAGCCUUAACCCUGACCUCUCCAGUUUACGGAAAAUUAAGACAUUUACAGUCACAGCCAUAGCACAGCUCUGCAUACUGGGCACCAUGUGGAUCUUUGGCUGCUUCCAGUCCGAGAAGAACACACUGGCGAUGUCCUACCUCUUCACCAUCUUCAGCAGCUUCCAGGGGGUCCUUGUGUUCGUCAUGCACUGCCUCUGCUCCAAGCAGGUACGAGAGGAGUACAGCAGGUUCCUGACCUCCACCUGCAGGCUUCAGAAGUACACCGAGUUCAGCAGUAACACGUCCAGCAACUCACAGACCGUCAGAAGCUCCGAUUAUACAGAGUCUGAGGUCUGAAGGAUUUUUAACCACCCUGUGUCACAGUUAUGGCUAUUGACAUGCCCAGUGUUAAUUUUGGAAAGAAUUUUUAAUUUAAUUUUAGUCUUAGUCACUUACUGAGAAUUGUAGUUGGAUUUAAGUUCCAUUUUAGUCUUUUUUUGUUUUGUUUUAGUUAGGAUUUUGUCAGUGGAACUCAGUUUUAGUUAAUUGUUUAGCUAUAAUUUUCUCAGACAGGUUACUGAUACUGCAAUAGAUUUUGCUGAAGGAUAUCCUGGCUCUGUAAAUUCCCUUGAGAAGUAAGCACACCUAAUACAUAAGCAUACUGUAUACACAGGCACACUGUAUACAUAAGCAUACUGUAUACAUAGGCACACCUAAUACAUAAGCAUACUGUAUACACAGGCACACUGUAUACAUAAGCAUACUGUAUACAUAGGCACACCUAAUACAUAACCAUACUGUAUACAUAGGCACACUGUAUACAUAAGCAUACUGUAUACAUAGGCACACCUAAUACAUAAGCAUACUAUAUACAUAGGCACACCUAAUACAUAAGCAUACUGUAUACACAGGCACACCGUAUACAUAAGCAUACCUUAUACACAGGCACACCUAAUACAUAAGCAUACUGUAUACACAGGCACACCGUAUACAUAAGCAUACUGUAUACACAGGCACACCUAAUACAUAAGCAUACCGUAUACAUAGGCACACGUAAUACAUAAGCAUACUGUAUACACAGGCACACUGUAUACAUAAGCAUACCUAAUAUGUAAGCACACCCUAUGAUGCUUAGUUAUCUAUCUGAAAAUGUGUUACUGACAUACCGUACUUCUUUUAAAUAUAAAAAUGAAUACCUAAAGUUUGUUGGGAAAAGUGUAAUACCAUAAUGUUUCCUUCAUAGGUUGUAUUUAUUUUCUGCGUACAUCGACAUCACAUACUGAUACUUGUUAAUGUUUGUUAUUAGGACAUUAAACCACCCAUCAAAUUUAACUAUUG